AUGGAUCUCUCCGACAUCCGUAACAACAACGACACCGCCGCCGUCACCACCGGAUUAGGUGGAGGAGCAAGACAACUAGUUGACGCAUCUCUCACAAUCGUCCCCAGAUCUACACCCUUAGAAGACUCAACACUCUCAACAACAACAACAACGUCUGCUGUGGCGGCGACUACAACGAAGCGUUCUACUAAAGACCGUCACACAAAAGUCGACGGAAGAGGACGACGGAUUCGUAUGCCGGCGCUUUGUGCGGCUAGGGUUUUUCAGUUGACGAGAGAGUUAGGUCAUAAAUCUGAUGGUGAAACUAUUGAAUGGCUUCUUCAACAAGCUGAGCCGGCGAUUGUUGCUGCUACAGGUACUGGUACUAUUCCUGCGAACUUUUCUACUUUGAGUGUUUCGCUUCGUAGCAGCGGAUCGACUCUUUCGGCGCCGCCGUCUAAAUCGGUGCCGCUUUACGGUGCUCUUGGAUUGACUCAUCACCACCAACAUCAGUUUGAUGAACAAGGAGGUGCGUUUGCUGCGGCGGCUCUUGCGACGCCGCUUUUAGGGUUUCAUCAUCAUCUUCAACAGCACCACCAACACCAUCAGACUCAAGCUCCGGUGGAAACGAUUCCUGACGGUGAGAAUUUCUCGAGGAAACGGUAUAGAUCGGUUGAUUUGUCUAAGGAAGAUGAUGAUGAUAGGAAACAGAACGAGAGUAAGUCUUUAAAAGAAAGUGAAACUCCGGAUCCUGCGGCGGCGCCGAUGUGGGCGGUUGCUCCGACGAGUAGGUCUAGUGGUGGGAACACUUUUUGGAUGCUUCCGGUGCCACCCGGUAAUCAGAUGGAGAGUAGUAGCAAUAACAACAACAACACGGCGGGCCACCGUGCUCCUAUGUGGCCAUUUGUGAACUCUGGCGGAGCUGGAGGCGGAGGAGCUGGAGCUGGAGCUGCGACUCAUUUUAUGGCGGGAACAGGGUUUAGUUUUCCGAUGGAUCAGUAUAGAGGGAGUCCUCUUCAACUAGGCUCGUUUGUAGCUCAGCCGCAGCCGACUCAGAACUUAGGUCUAAGCAUGCCGGACUCGAAUCUCGGGAUGUUAGCAGCUUUGAACGCGGCUUAUUCGAGAGGCGGAAACGGAAACGGGAAUGCGGAACUAGCGGUGGAGCAUCAAGAGAAGCCGCAACAGAGUGAUCAUGAUGAGGAAAGCAGAGAAGAGAACUCCAAUAGCUCUGAGUGAGUUGAUGUAAAACUAAUCUUAUGAGAUCAUUUGAAAUUGGUAAGAAAUUAAUUUUAAGCGUUUGAUUGCUCGCUGUGACAUUUGUGUGUUGUUGUUUAGUAGUCUUGUCUUUUGUGUGAAGAAAUUGUUAGGUUUGGGUCCAAAUGGACUCUCGUGGGUAGAGAAUGUUUUCAUUGUAUAGUAGGAGGAGGAAUGAUAGGACCCGUGAUUUGUUUUUCUAUUUCUCAUUUUUCAUU